AUGGCGACGAAGACGAUGACCAUGCCGAAGCACAAGCUUCCAAAGAAUAUCAAGCUCCCUCCGGAGAACGAGCGAUACAUGAGAGCCUGCUCCGAUAUAGCAAAUGCGCUGAUCCAGGACUACGAAGCGCAGCGAGAUAAUAGUAGGUCGAAGAAGGAUAUCAAUUUGAACAAGCUGCGGGGCACUAUCGCAAAAAAGCAUUAUCUGAGCAAUCUGCCGCCCUUGACAGCUAUUAUUGCUGCUGUUCCGGAGCAUUAUAAGAAGUAUAUACUUCCAAAACUGAUUGCCAAACCGAUAAAUUCGGAUUUUGAAUAUUCUACCCAAUCUUAUACUGGCUACGAGCCAACGUCCAUGAGAGCUAUCCGGGCCCGUUAUGAUCCUUUCGAGCAGGCGCGAGGUCGAGUCGACCAGAUAAAAUCACUGGGGCACAGUGUGGAUAAAGUGGAAUACAUCAUUAUGGGUGGCACGUUCAUGUCACUCCCUGAGGAGUACAGAGAGACAUUUAUAUCACAGCUCCAUAACGCACUUAGCGGUUACCAGACGGAUAAUGUGGACGAGGCUGUGCAGGCAGGAGAAAUGAGCAAUAUCAAGUGUGUUGGAAUCACGAUCGAGACACGACCGGACUACUGCCUUGACACCCAUCUUAGCAGCAUGCUUCGGUAUGGCUGCACCCGUUUGGAAAUUGGAGUACAGAGUCUCUACGAAGACGUGGCGCGAGACACAAAUAGAGGGCACACUGUAGCUGCUGUGGCGGAAACGUUUAAACUAUCAAAGGAUGCUGGAUUCAAAGUGGUCAGCCAUAUGAUGCCUGAUCUCCCAAAUGUCGGGAUGGAGAGAGACUUGUUCCAGUUCCAGGAAUACUUCGAGAACCCUGAUUUCCGAACUGACGGUCUUAAAAUAUACCCAACCCUUGUUAUCCGAGGAACCGGCCUUUAUGAACUUUGGAGGACCGGUCGGUACAAGAACUAUACCCCCAAUGCUUUAAUCGAUAUUGUGGCCAGAAUUCUCGCCCUCGUUCCUCCAUGGACCCGUAUCUACCGUGUACAAAGAGAUAUCCCAAUGCCACUCGUCACAUCUGGCGUAGAGAACGGCAAUCUACGUGAACUCGCGCUCAGCCGAAUGAAAGAUUUUGGCACCACCUGCCGUGACGUGCGUACCCGGGAAGUCGGCAUCAAUGAAGUAAAGAAUAAAAUCCGACCAAAUCAGAUUGAACUCGUUCGACGUGAUUAUACAGCAAACGGAGGAUGGGAGACAUUCCUUGCCUACGAGGACCCAAAACAAGAUAUCCUUAUCGGCCUUCUUCGGCUACGAAAGUGUAGUUCCAAGUACACCUUCCGACCUGAGCUUACAGGCCAACCAACCAGUUUGGUACGAGAGUUACACGUUUAUGGUUCCGCAGUCCCAGUCCAUGGCCGUGACCCCCGCAAGUUCCAGCAUCGCGGAUUUGGAACCUUGUUAAUGGAAGAAGCUGAGCGUAUUGCUCGAGAGGAGCAUGGAAGUCGCAAAAUCAGCGUCAUUUCUGGCGUGGGUGUACGAAGCUACUAUGCCAAACUAGGAUACCACCUUGAUGGAGUAUAUAUGAGCAAGAUGCUCGAUCCUCUUGAUGAUGCCGAGGAUUCCGACUAG